AUGUCUGCCCAGUACCUGUUGGCGUUCGAGACCCACAUGGGUGCCCUCAACUCCAUGGUCACUGAAGUCGGAAACGGCGAGUACAACCUGAUCCAGCCAAUUGAGUGCGAGGUCAAACUCGAAAUGCUCGAGUCUACUUGGAGCAAAAUUGCCGACGCCAAUGACAAAUUGAGCAGUUGCAAAGAUAUUGACAUCACCCAUAACUAUUACAAAGAAGGUCGCUAUACCAAGGCAGUCAACCGCUACGUCUCGGUGAAAACCGCGCUGAAGCGCCGCAUCGCCGAGAUGGAACCUCGUCAGGUUCCUCUUUCGCCUCUCAAUCGAACCGGAAAUGAUGGUUCAGCAUUUCGUCCACAGUUGCCAACCAUCCAACCUCCAAAAUUCAAUGGAGAGCUUCUUGAGUGGCAAUCUUUUGAAAAUAAGUUCAUAUCCGCUGUCAACAAGGAAGGUGUCAACGAGAUUGACAAGAUGCACUAUCUUCUCCAAAGCCUGCAAGGCACUGCUUAUUCUCUUAUUGGUAACGUGGAGAUAACAGACACUGCAUUUGCCACCGCCUGGCAAACUCUGACCACUAGGUAUAAAAACAAGCGAGUACUGAUCACGGCUCAACUGAACAAACUGUUUAGCAUACCUAAAAUGGCGUCGCGAGCCGCCAAAGAGGUCAACCACAUCAUCAACACUACGUCUGAGGUUCUCAACGCCCUGAACGCUCUUGGAUCGCCAGUCGAUCAAUGGGAUCACAUUAUUGUGCACUACAUCACCCAUAAGCUAGAUCCUCAGACUCGAAAGGACUGGGAAAUCACGCUUGGAGCUGCCACAGAUUUUCCAACCUAUGAGCGCCUCAAAAGCUUCUUGCUUGCCCGUGCAACGAGCUCUUGA